GGGCCGGGCUGCUGGUGCGCAUGCGCAAGUUGCCUUGGCGGCCACGCGCCCGCCCGCGCGCGCUUCUUACACUUGUUUUCUAAAAGCCUUGGGAGUGGACCUUUCAGUAUUUGUAAAGCGCAGCUUACGUGGAUGGCACUUUAUAUUAAUUAAUUAAUUACGUUUGGAUUCAGCUUUUUGAGAUUUUGAAGUAACGCCCCCCAUAUUCCUGGACUUGUGUCCAUUUCCUAUGAACAGCUCUUGCCGUUUACUUGUUUGCAACCCAGUUUUUGUUGCAGAGCGCUGUGGUUAAACCACUGAGCCUAGGGCUUGCUGAUCAGAAGGUCGGCAGUUCGAAUCCCUGUGACGGGGUGAGCUCCCGUUGCUUGGUCCCAGCUCCUGCCAACCUAGCAGUUCGAAAGCACGUCAAAAUGCAAGUAGAUAAAUAGGAACCGCUACAGCAGGAAGGUAAACGGCGUUUCCAUGUGCUGCUCUGGUUUGCCAGAAGCGGCUUUGUCAUGCUGGCCACAUGACCUGGAAUCUAUACGCCGGCUCCCUCGGCCAAUAAUGCGAGAUGAGCGCGCAACCCCAGAGUCGGUCACGACUGGACCUAAUGGUCAGGGGUCCCUUUACCUUUACCUUUUUAAACCAGCUUUAUACAGAAUCUGUUGCAGCACAUCACAAGGUGGAAACCCAAAAUGGGGGGGGGGAAAGCUUUACAAAAAUCAAAUAAGAACUUCCAGAAACGUUUAUAUUGAAAAUUUGAGUGGUGGUGGUAAAAUUAUUAAUUGCUUUGAUCAAUUUGACUAACAGCAUAGCAAGGUUAAGAUUUUUGUCUCCAACUAACUAUUAAUUACAAUAAUUAAAUUAUUAUUUAUACCCCGCCCAUCUGGGGGGUUUCCCCAGCCACUCUGGAUGGCUUAACUAUGGAGCAUAAUCAUCCUCGUGUUUUGUUUUUUUACUGCAGUAACUGCUAAUCACAGACGUGACUGUCCACUUCUCAAUAUGGUUCUGCUUUUACCUGUCCUGAUUAAGAGCCACUGACAGACCUAUCAUGAAUUUGUUUAAAGUUUUUUUAAGCCAGAAGGCAUCACUACCUUUUGCAAGGAAGUUAUUAACACAUUAAUUGUAUGCUACAUGAACAUUCUUAUGAUCUGGUGUUAUGGAGCAGCUUUCUGACCAAUCUUAUGCAUGUUUACUUUGAAUUAAGGCUUACUCUCUGGAAACAAAAUGUACUGCACAAGUUCCAGAAAAUGAGGAUGUGGAAGAAGAACCCAGUGACCUAGAAGAAGGUGGAUUAGAUCUCAGCGUGCCAUUGAAGCCAGUUAGUUUCUACAUCGCAGAUAAGAAGGAAAUGCUUCAGCAGUGCUUUUGUAUCAUAGGGGAGAAGAAAGUGCAGAAAAUGCUGCCUGAUGUCUUAAAGGGCUGUUCAAUAGAAGAAAUCAAAAGGCUUUGUCUUGAACAGUUGGAGCUCCUGUCUGAGAAGAAGUUAUUGAGAAUUCUUGAAGGUGAGAAUGAAGGUGACUCCGACAGUGAUGAAGAGGCUAAUGGUGGAGAAGAGAAGGCAGUAGUUGAAUCUAUUAGCCAGCAAGACAAUAGCAUAGAUUCUACUUCUUCUUUGAAGGAAGACAACAAACUGGAAGCUUUGGACUCAAAGCAAGGCAAAGGAGAAGACAGCGAUGUUCUCAGCAUCAACGCAGACGCGUACGACAGUGACAUUGAAGGCCCAUGCAAUGAGGAAGAUAAUCCAGAUGGGCUAGAAAGGACUGUCAGAAGUGGAGAUGGUCCAAUAGACGACCUCCAGAAGGACAUUGAGAAAAGCGUGAACGAGAUCCUGGGGCUUGCCGAAUCUUCCUCCAAGGAGCCAAAGGCAGCAACUUUGGCGGUUCCUACAACAGAUGAUGUCCAGCCUUCAGCACAGCAGCUGGAACUCCUGGAGCUUGAGAUGCGAGCGAGGGCUAUUAAGGCUCUCAUGAAAGCCGGAGAUGUAAAAAAAUAGCCCCAGGGCUGUUUCAUUUGCAAGAUGUCUGCAUUUGUUCUGAUGGGUGUGAUGUCAGCUCCCUUCAGUGCUAAAAUAUAUUUGAACCGGUUUUGACAUUCCUCAUUCAAGCCCUUUGUGUAUCCUGACCCAUGGCUGAAGGAGUUGGCAGCAGUUUGUCACUGCCAUCAGAACUGUGUGACUCUCUCGCACAAAUGGAGAGGCUUAACACUGUUUGACUCAACUGGCCAUUUUCUCUCUUGGUGUUGGAUUUCCCCCGUCCCCGCCCUCCACACGAAUUGGGAAAUGGUUGUAGAUUAUAUGCACCUCUUGCUAAAUCCCGGUGCUUUGCAGAAUAAUUGGGGGGGUGAUGUAAGGCCUUCUCAGGGCUCACUCCAGCAUUCUGGGGAGUUUCAGUUGGGGAGAAAAAAACAAAGACCAGCAGAGCCUAUCGGGCAUGUAUAUUGAGAAAUCCCUUGCACCAGCAGUUGAGACCCAGAUUUCUUGUUUUCAUUGGGUUCAGUUCAUGAGCAAAAUAUUGCCCUAUGCCAAGGGAGGCAAGAUGGUAGUACGGUCUGUGGGGCCCUUAAUAGGUCUUGGCAGCUCCUGGUGCCAGCCCAUAAGCAUUCAUAAUCUGUAUAGUUUGAAACAUAAUACAAUUACUGUCUCCCUUAAUUUUUUAGUGAGUUUAAGUAAUGAUGUGAGUGCAUCCUAAAACACACUCUUUAAAACGAAUUUCUGGUGCUUGACAGUAGUUUAUGUGAGUAAAGCCCAGUUUUCCAGGACAUGUUACAAAUUCAUAUUUGAUCCCUUAAGUGCAUUUUUAAUGUUAAGUUACAGACUUAAUAUGGUUAAAUGUAAUUUGUAACCUCAGCCUAGGAAGACCCUUUCCUAGGACUAGAUAGGACGUUUUGACAAUGCAAAAGUAGAUAUUUAUAUGCAGUUGGGGUAGUUGUUACACAUGUGUCUAUCCUGUACGUUAUGAAGCAGAGUGACUAAGACUUAAAAUGUCGGUAUCCUGAGGUUUUGUUUUGAAGUAAGUCUGCACUGAUUGCAGGAAAAUAAAGACAUAAAUAAAAAUGUAAGACUCCUUAUUCAGGGUGCAAGGCACACCGAUACCCGCUCUUUUGAAAACGGCCAAAAAGUGUGGGAGAUCAACAUGUGUUAAUAAAUACAUUUGACUAUACUUUUCUGUGCAUGCUCAAGUUGAUUGAUUUUUUUUUAAAAAAAAAUGGGUGGAAGUUCCAGCAGGUCGCAGGGUGUGGUAUAGCAGGGCAGGGGCAGGCUGGCUAGUGAUUGCUGAUUGAACAAUAAAUACUCAUUUUAAAUUG